AUGGCAGGGCGUGAAGCCCUCCGCAGAGCUGGAGGCUCAAUGGCGAUACGAAUAGUCACCGACAGCGUGUCGGACCUGCCACCGGCGUUGGCACAAGCCAACGACAUCACCGUCAUUCCCUGCUAUGUGAUCAUUGGCAGCGAGACCUACAAGGAUGGCGUAGAGAUUACUCCCGAGCGUUUCUACUCGCGCCUACCCACUCUCUCGCGCCUGCCAUCAACAUCACAGCCGACAAUCGCCGACUUCCAAGAGGUGUACCAGCGGCUUCUAGACCAGGGACACCAGAUUGUAUCGAUCCACGUCAGCGCCAAGCUGAGUGGCACGCUGAACUCCGCGGCACAGGCCAAGGCAGCGCUGGGCGACUCGUCAGACAUCGAAAUAGUGGACUCACAGAUGGCAUCGGCCCCCAUGGCGCUGGUAGUGCUGGACGCCGCCCGGAUGGCGCGGGAGACAUCCGAUUUUCGCGAGGUGGCCCGCCGGGUGCGGGGGUCGCUCGUGAGGAAUCAUGGCUUUGUCAUGGUCGAUACCCUGGAGUACCUGCAGAAGGGCGGGCGGAUCGGCAAAGCGCAGGCAUUUCUGGGCGGAAUGCUGAAGGUCAAGCCAAUCCUGACGAUCCGGGACGGCGAGGUUCAUCCUCUAGAGCGUCCCCGGAGCCUGGAACGGGCGAAGAACCGGCUCAUCGAGAUGGCAAGGGAGCUGGCCCCGAUCCGGCAAAUCAACAUCAGCUACAGCACCGAUCGCGUCCAGGCCCUUGGUCUGCGGGCGGAACUUGCGGAACUGGUGGGGCCUGAGCACCUCGUCGAGUCGCGUUUCGGGCCGGUGCUCGGGGCCUACGUCGGGCCCAAUGCGCUGGGCGUUGCCGUCACCCAGGGCAGCGACGAUUAA